UAUAAUCUGCCGUCAGGCUUUUCUCGCUCUCCUAAACCCUAAUCGCUAAGUCUGUAAUCCCGAUUCUUCCACAAGCAACAAUGGCGGAAAGAGGCGGCGAGAGAGGCGGAGAGCGAGGAGGUUUUGGCCGUGGAUUUGGUCGCGGUGGAAGAGGCGGUGACCGUGGAAGAGGUAGACGUCGUGGACCUCGUCGUGAUGAGGAAGAGAAAUGGGUUCCCGUCACUAAGCUUGGACGAUUGGUAAAAGAAGGAAAAAUCAGAAGCCUUGAACAGAUCUAUCUUCAUUCUCUUCCUAUCAAGGAACAUCAGAUCAUCGAUACUUUGGUUGGUCCUUCUCUUAAGGAUGAAGUUAUGAAAAUCAUGCCAGUGCAGAAGCAAACCCGAGCUGGUCAGAGAACUCGGUUCAAGGCAUUUGUUGUUGUUGGAGACACCAACGGUCAUGUGGGUCUUGGUGUAAAGUGUAGCAAAGAAGUGGCAACUGCAAUUCGUGGUGCUAUAAUCCUUGCGAAGUUAUCUGUCAUUCCUGUUAGAAGGGGUUAUUGGGGUAAUAAGAUUGGGAAACCUCAUACUGUACCAUGUAAGGUUACUGGUAAAUGUGGUUCCGUCACUGUACGAAUGGUUCCGGCUCCUCGUGGUGCGGGUAUUGUUGCUGCUAGGGUUCCAAAGAAGGUGCUGCAGUUUGCUGGUAUUGAAGAUGUUUUCACUUCCUCACGUGGAUCUACCAAGACCCUUGGAAAUUUCGUGAAGGCUACAUUUGAUUGUCUGCUUAAGACUUAUGGCUUCCUGACCCCUGAAUUCUGGAAGGAAACACGAUUCUCGAGAUCUCCGUUUCAAGAACACACCGAUCUGUUGUCAAAGCCAACAGGGAAACUCAUCACGCUUGUGGAUGAAUCUUCAGAAAGGGUUGAUGCUUGAUCUAUAUCCAUCUAUGGAUUAUUAAAAGUUUCUUUAUCAUAUCUGGUACCUCUUUUUGGAUAAUAAGGUUAUGGUUUUUAUUUCCAUUUAUUUAGUCUUGAAAACUUGUUGAAUCAUAUUGCUUUUAAAUACAUGUCACUGAAAUUUUGAAUUA